UGGAGCCACGAUGGGACUCAAGCUCUUAUCUCCUAUCGCGAUGGGUUUGUCCUGGUCGGUUCUGUCAGUGGACAGAGACACUGGUCAUCUGAAAUCAAUUUGGAGAGCCAGAUCACAUGUGGGAUAUGGACUCCCGAUGACCAGCAGGUAUUGUUUGGCACAGCCGAUGGGCAGGUGAUCGUCAUGGACUGCCAUGGCAGAAUGCUAGCCCAUGUCCUCCUGCAUGAAUCUGAUGGCAUCCUCAGCAUGUCCUGGAAUUACCCCAUCUUCCUGGUGGAGGACAGCAGCGAGAGCGACACAGACUCAGACGAUUAUUCUCCUCCCCAAGAUGGGCCUGCGGCAUACCCCAUCCCUGUGCAGAACAUCAGGCCGCUGCUCACCGUCAGCUUCACCUCGGGAGACAUCAGCUUAAUGAACAACUAUGACGACUUGUCUCCCACUGUCAUCCGCUCAGGACUGAAAGAGGUGGUGGCCCAGUGGUGUACGCAGGGCGACUUACUGGCAGUGGCUGGGAUGGAGCAGCAGGCCCAGCUCAGCGAGCUGCCCAAUGGGCCUCUGCUGAAGAGUGCCAUGGUCAAGUUCUACAAUGUCAGAGGGGAGCACAUUUUCACUCUGGACACACUCGUGCAGCGCCCCAUCAUCUCCAUCUGUUGGGGCCAUCGGGAUUCCCGGCUGCUUAUGGCCUCAGGACCAGCCCUGUAUGUGGUUCGUGUAGAACACCGAGUGUCCAGUCUGCAGCUGCUGUGCCAGCAGGCCAUCGCCAGCACCCUUCGAGAAGACAAGGAUGUUAACAAGCUGACCUUGCCCCCUCGUCUCUGUUCCUACCUCUCCACUGCCUUCAUCCCCACUAUUAAGCCCCCAAUUCCAGACCCCAACAACAUGCGAGACUUUGUCAGCUACCCAUCAGCAGGCAAUGAACGACUACACUGCACCAUGAAGCGUACAGAGGAUGACCCGGAGGUCGGGGGGCCCUGCUACACACUCUACCUGGAGUAUCUGGGAGGACUUGUACCCAUUCUCAAAGGGAGGCGCAUCAGCAAACUGCGGCCAGAAUUUGUCAUCAUGGACCCUCGGACAGACAGCAAAUCAGAUGAGAUCUAUGGGAACAACUUGAUUUCUACUGUGAUUGACAGCUGCAACUGUUCAGACUCCAGUGAUAUUGAACUGAGUGAUGAUUGGGCUGCCAAGAAGUCUCCCAAAAUUUCCAGAGCUAGUAAAUCGCCCAAACUGCCAAGGAUCAGCAUUGAGGCACGAAAGUCUCCCAAGCUGCCUCGGGCUGCUCAAGAGAUUUCUCGGUCUCCCCGAUUGCCCAUGCGCAAGCCCUCCAUGGGCUCACCCAGCCUGACCCGGAGAGAGUUUCCUUUUGAAGACAUCACUCAGCACAACUAUCUUGCUCAGGUCACAUCCAAUAUCUGGGGAACCAAGUUUAAGAUUGUGGGCUUGGCUGCAUUCCUACCAACCAACCUCGGUGCAGUAAUCUACAAAACCAGCCUGCUGCAUCUCCAGCCUCGGCAGAUGACCAUUUAUCUCCCAGAAGUUAGGAAGAUUUCCAUGGACUAUAUUAAUCUGCCUGUCUUCAACCCAAACGUUUUCAGUGAGGAUGAAGAUGACUUACCAGUUACGGGAGCAUCAGGCGUCCCUGAAAACAACCCACCUUGUACGGUGAACAUCCCUAUUGCACCAAUCCACAGCUCUGCUCAAGCUCUGUCUCCCACACAGAGCAUAGGGCUGGUGCAAUCCCUGCUGGCCAAUCAGAAUGUGCAGUUGGAUGUCCUGACCAAUCAGACAACAGCUGUAGGGUCCGUAGAGCAUGCAGGUGAUGCUGCUACCCAGUACCCAGUCUCCAGCCGGUACUCCAACCCUGGACAGGUGAUUUUUGGAGGUGUAGAAAUGGGCCGAAUCAUUCAGAACCCUCCUCAACUGCCUUUGCCACCACCGCCACCACCACCACCACAGGGGCCUAUGCAGCUGUCUGCAGUGGACCAUGGAGAUCGGGACCAUGAGCACCUGCAGAAGUCAGCCAAGGCCCUGCGGCCAGUGCCUCAGCUGGCUGCCGAGGGGGAUGCAGUGGUUUUCAGUGCCCCUCAGGAGGUCCAGGUGGCAAAGAUGAAUCCCCCACCCCCAUACCCAGGAACUAUCCCUGCUGCCCCCACCACAGCUGCACCCCCACCCCCUCUGCCACCACCACAGCCCCCAGUGGAUGUGUGUUUGAAGAAGGGUGACUUCUCACUGUACCCUACAGCAGCACAUUACCAGCCUCCACUAGGCUAUGAGAGGAUAACCACCUUUGACAGCAGUGGCAAUGUGGAAGAGGUGUGCCGGCCUCGCACUCGGAUGCUCUGUUCCCAGAACACCUACACUCUUCCUGGCCCAGGCAGUUCUGCCACCUUGAGACUCACAGCCACUGAGAAGAAGGUCCCCCAACCCUGUACCAGUGCCACUCUGAACCGACUAACUGUCCCUCGAUAUUCCAUCCCCACAGGGGACCCACCUCCAUACCCUGAAAUCGCUAGCCAGCUGGCCCAGGGGCGGAAUGCUACUCAAAGGCUGGACAACAGUCUCAUCCAUGCCACCCUACGAAGGAACAACCGAGAGGUUGCACUUAAGAUGGCCCAGCUGGCUGACAGCUCCCGUGCCCCACUGCAGCCCCCAGCCAAGCCUAAGGGGGGCGCUGGUGGGGCAGUGGCACAGCUCCCAGCAAGGCCUCCACCUGCCCUAUACACCUGCAGCCAGUGCAGUGGAGCAGGGCCCAGCUCACAGUCAGGUGCAGCCCUGGCCCAUGCUAUCAGCACCUCCCCGCUGGCCUCCCAGUCCUCCUACAAUCUUCUAAGCCCUCCCGACACCUCCCGUGAUCGUACUGACUAUGUCAACUCAGCCUUCACAGAGGACGAGGCCCUGUCUCAGCACUGUCAGCUUGAGAAACCUCUGCGGCAUCCCCCACUUCCAGAAGCCACUGUCACCAUGAAGCGGCCUCCCCCCUACCAGUGGGACCCCGUGCUGGGUGAGGACGUUUGGGUUCCCCAGGAAAGGACAGCACAGCCUACAGUGCCCAACCCCUUAAAACUGUCCCCUCUCAUGAUAGGGCAGGGCCAGCACCUGGAUGUGGCUCGAGUGCCCUUUGUGUCGCCCAAGUCUCCAUCCAGCCCUACUGCCACCUUCCAGACAGGCUAUGGGAUGGGAGUGCCAUAUCCAGGCAGCUAUAAUACCCCCUCUUUGCCUGGAGUCCAAGCUCCAUGCUCCCCUAAGGAUGCCCUGUCCCCGGCACAGUUUGCACAACAGGAGUCUGCUGUCGUACUUCAGCCAGCAUACCCACCCAGCCUUUCCUAUUGCACCUUGCCCCCCACAUACCCAGGAAGCAGCACAUGCUCCAGUUUACAGCUGCCGCCCAUCGCCUUGCACCCCUGGAAUUCCUACAGCACCUGCCCGCCCAUGCAGAAUACCCAGGGCACUCUCCCCUCCAAGCCCCACUUAGUGGUGGAGAAGCCUCUCGUGUCCCCUCCACCUGCCGAGCUCCAAAGCCACAUGGGCACAGAGGUGAUGGUAGAGACUGCAGACAAUUUCCAAGAAGUCCUCUCUCUGACAGAAAGCCCCGUGCCCCAGAGAACAGAGAAAUUUGGAAAGAAGAACCGGAAGCGCCUUGAUAGCCGAGCAGAGGAAGGGAGUGUUCAGGCCAUCACUGAGGGCAAAGUAAGAAAGGAUGCUAGGACUUUGAGCGACUUUAACUCUCUCAUCGCCAGCCCCCGCCUGGGGAGAGAGAAGAAGAAAGUGAAAAGUCAGAAAGACCAACUGAAGUCAAAGAAGUUGAACAAGACAAACGAGUUCCAGGACAGCUCAGAGAGUGAGCCCGAGCUGUUCAUCAGCGGGGAUGAGCUGAUGAACCAGAGCCAGGGCAGCAAGAAGGGGUGGAAAAGCAAGAGGAGCCUGCGGACGGCCAGCGAGCUGGAGGAAUUCAAGGGCCGCAAAGCCAGUGAGAAGGAAGAUGGGCGACUGGGCAGCCAGGGCUUCGUGUAUGUGAUGGCCAACAAGCAGCCUCUGUGGAAUGAAGCCACCCAGGUGUACCAGCUAGACUUUGGAGGGAGGGUGACCCAGGAGUCUGCCAAGAACUUCCAGAUCGAGUUGGAGGGACGGCAGGUGAUGCAGUUUGGACGGAUCGAUGGUAAUGCUUACAUCCUAGACUUCCAGUACCCCUUCUCAGCUGUGCAGGCUUUUGCUGUUGCCCUGGCCAAUGUGACUCAGCGCCUAAAAUGAGCAGAGGUCCAGGAGGAGGCAUGGCAGGGGCCUUUGGACACAGUGCUCGUGCUGCUACUGCCCGAGAUGACCAGCGACAACGGCGGUAGAGGAGGCCAGCAGGCCUGGGGCGGUGCUGACCUGUAGGCAUGGUUGUCUGAUCAGUUAGCCUUUAAUGUCUCUCCUCUUUUGAUAGAGUGCUGUUUGGAAGCCAAGAUUUGAGGUAUCUUGUGUUCUUGGAGGCAGUGGAGCUUGGCUACAGAAUGUUGUACUGAAUUUACUUCUCAUGACUAGAAUUAAGGGCCUUUGCAAAGAAAACAGAGUGCUUGACCUUGCUCUUCUUUUAGACAUAGGGAGUGUUAGUGUUCAUUACUCAUGUCAUCUGGCCUCUGUUACCCCUUCCAACAUUAUCACUCACAAAACACACACACACACACACACACACACACACACACAAAUUUUUUUUUAAACACAACCAGAACUCUGGAAGAUUCAGCUUGUAUUGGGUUGGGGAGAACAGCAUUUCAUUCACAGAUGUCCGCUACUCACAAAGGUACCUGGAUGAAUGAAGGACACAUGCAAAUGCCUUGUGCUUGGCUCAUGUAAGCACCGUAGAUGGGUACUGUCGCCAGUGUGAAUGUGAUUUGAUAGGCAGUGGGUUACCAUGGAGACAGGCUCACAUGCAGACAACUGGAUGAGCUGGUGGUUGGCUUAUGUAUGCGAGGGUUAUUUCCCAAGGAUACUAGUUGGAAAGCACCCUGGUUUCUUGUGUCAAAAUUAAUCCUGUCUGACUUUGGAAGAAGGUAAGAAACUUCAGUCAGUGGGCAAACUCAGGCUGGAUAGAACUGGGCUUAUGUCAUUGUCCUUAGACUGGCUGGUCACCAGAUACCUCCCUCCACUUGUCAAGAAGUAGCCUUCAUUCUCCUUACUCCCUUGUUUUAAUCUGGAACAUUUUACUGUAGACAUCUUUCUCUUUAGAUCCUAUUGCUCUGUCUUUUCUAAAAUGUGGGUGAGACUUGAUUUGCAUCUACACCUUUCCUUCCCUUGUCCACAUUAAAAUUCAUUUGAUUUGAAUGUUUUCCAUAAAUUAUAAGUGUAAUAAAAAUAUGUAUGCACUUCCCAGGAUAUUAAAAGAGGGUUGUGGUCAAAUCUUUGGGGGAAACUCCACAAUAUGCUGUAAGUGUGGA